CUUAUAAAGCGCCCGCAGGACGAACACACACAAAAACACACACACACACACACACACACACACACACUCCUGCUCGCUGACUCUGAAGCUGAAGACAUUCACAGGACGCAGACAUGGGAAAUCAGGAGAGACCCAAAUGGGACAAUCCCAUACAGUUUCUGCUGGCAUGCGUUUCAUAUGCAGUCGGAUUGGGGAACGUGUGGAGGUUUCCAUACCUGUGUCAAAUGCACGGCGGAGGUGGAUUCUUGAUUCCAUAUCUUAUCAUGCUUGUUCUGGAGGGUGUUCCCUUAUUCUGCAUGGAGCUUGCCGUUGGUCAGAAGAUGCGUCUUGGUAGCAUUGGGGCAUGGAGUGCCAUGAAUCCUUAUUUGGGAGGAGUGGGUCUUGCCAGUGUUGUGACAUCCAUGUAUCUGUGUCUCUAUUACAACGUCAUCAAUGCAUGGAGUUUCUGGUACUUCUUUAAUUCAUUUCAAUCAGUCCUGCCGUGGUCGGACUGCCCGGUCAACGCCAACCAAACAGGACUUCUGGAGGAGUGUGAAAAAGCGACACCCACCCAGUAUUUUUUCUACAGGGAAACGCUUAACAUUUCUCCUUCUAUAAAUGUGAAUGGAGGCAUUCAUACAAGCCAGGCACUUUGCCUCCUUCUUGCCUGGAUAAUUAGUUACCUGUUUGUAAUCCGCGGAGUGAAGUCAACCGGAAAGGUGGUGUACUUUACAGCCACGUUUCCAUAUGUGGUUCUGUUUAUCUACCUGAUCCGCGGUGUUACUCUUCAUGGUGCCCUCAAUGGUAUCCAGUACAUGUUCACACCAAAGAUGGAACAGCUUGCCAACCCUAAUACAUGGAUAAAUGCGGCCACUCAGAUCUUUUUCUCUCUGGGUUUGGGUUUUGGAUCACUCAUAGCGUUUGCCAGCUACAACGAGUACAACAACAACUUUGAGCGCCAAGCAAUCGCCGUGUCCGUCAUCAACAGUGGAACAUCCAUCUUUGCCAGCAUCGUUACCUUUGCCAUCUAUGGGUUUAAAGCCACUCUCAACUUUGAGAACUGUCUGGAGAGGUCACGCAUGCUGCUGCUGAAUACAUUUGAUCUAGCAGAGGACAGCAUCACCAUUGACACUGUCUUUGACUGGAUUACGAAGCUCAACGCAACAUACCCGGAGCAGUUUGCUCAAAUCGAAGACAAACUGGAAGUCUGUGACCUGGAGAGUGAACUAGACACUGCAGUGGAGGGGGCCGGCCUGGCCUUUAUAGUGUACAGUGAGGCCAUUAAAAACAUGCCGCUGCCGCAGCUGUGGUCAGUGCUGUAUUUCUUCAUGCUCCUGCUGUUGGGAAUGGGCAGCAUGCUGGGCAACAUCACUGCCGUCAUCACGCCAAUGAGAGACUUCAAGAUCUUUUCCCGUAUGAGCACCGAGAUGUGUAAUGGUCUGGUGUGCAUGUUCUGUCUCCUGCUGGGCCUCAGCUUCACCACCACAUCAGGGAAUUACUGGUUUACCAUGUUUAAUGAUUAUGGGGCCAAUUUCUCCCUGCUGUUUGUCGUCCUCAUUGAGAUCAUAACUGUUAGCUACGUCUACGGAAUGAACAGGUUUGAAAAAGACAUAGAAGACAUGCUUGGUCAUCGUCCAAACUGGUACUGGAAAAUCAUGUGGAAAUUCGUCAGUCCCCUACUUCUUGUCGCAGUAUUUAUCGUCUACAUUAUCAACUACAUACAAGGAGGGACACCCACCUACAUGGCAUGGGACAAAGAGCAGGGUAAGACUGUGGUGAUGGAAUAUCCUGUCUUUGGUCAAGUCUUCAUCGGGCUGCUGCUGGUGUCCUCGGUCAGCUGUGUUCCCCUCACAGCUCUGUAUGUAUUCUGCAAGAAGAGGAAACAGGGACGUCAUGAUAAGAGGGAGAAUGUCCUGAGCACAGUGUCUGCUUAGUGACCCUGUGACCCCUGACCUCCACACACAACACAACAUUUGUCUCCUACAGUGUGAAAGACACUAGCAUAUGAUAAGUGGUAAUUUGUGUUUCUUAACUUCAGUCUUCUGUUUUGCCCCACCCCCCCAUCACCAAAUUUCCCGUUGCUGAAAGCAUUUGAGGUUCGUUCUCCUCUUGACAGAGGUCUUCUUUUGUGUGCAAACAAUACGAUACAGUGCUCUAUUCAAAGAGGAGACCGUUGAAGGCACGAGGGACACAAAGUCCAGACAAAUAUCGAUAUUAAAUAUCGGAAAUUUCUGCUCCUCAAAAAGAGAACCUAAUCUGGUCAAUGGGCUGCAUUUAUAAACCUUCUUUUCGUCUCUAAAAGGCCACACAAAGCACUUUUACACUAAUGUGCCCAUUCACGCACAAAAUGCAGUUUCUGCUACUGCAUACGUCUCAUGCACACACCCGUCCAAUGCCAAGGACAGAUUGACGUGUGGAAUGGAGGAUCCAAGGACUCACAUCCUUCUCUACCUACUGAGCCACAGCCUCUCCUCUUUAAUAUGGAGUCGGUCCAAAUACUUUUGUCCAUAUAGUGUAGCUGCUUUAAGACAUGCACUGAAAUCUAUAUACUCCCUAUGACCAAUCUCCAUAAUAUUCAAUGUGAGAAACUCUUCAUAAUCUAUAGCCAGUGACUUGGCAAGUGGGUUUUUUCCUUUCCAUGCUCGAGCCAUGUGUCACUCCCUCACCCAGAUUCUCCUGCUGUUGUGUGAACGUGUGUUUCACCCAAGACAAUCUCCCUUUGUGUUCAUCAUAAUAUGUGAACGUCAAAGUCUGGAUAAGGUCUGGACCCAGUUCACCAGGUGUGUCUGGAAACCUGCGCGUAAGUUACUCUUUUGUGCCAGAUUCCACUCAGUCCACUUAAAGAUAUUCCAUUUCACAGCAUUCCAUGAAGCAGGAAAAAUUCCUCACUCAGUCUCAGUUUGCAGUUUCUGCACCUUAACCGUGGAACAUGUUAUUAAUGUAGAUACAAAUUUGUUAAAUUGUGCAAAUAUCUAUGGCAAAUAUAGCUGUUAUUUUCAUACUAGUUAACUCAAUGGUAAUAAUAUAUAGGUACAGUAUAUAGAUGUACAUACAAAAUGUAGCUUACCCUAUUGGCUGCAGUGCUUGAGGAGGUUAGAUAUUUUUUUUCAUACCACGAAAACUUUUAAUUUGUGCAGUGGGAUUAUAAUCCAACAGGAGGAUUCAGGUGUGUCCCCCCCCUCUAUUGCCACUAGAACCAUUUUAUUGCCUUACUUACUUCUGGAAUUAUUUUUGAAAAUGAAUGUUGAUGUAUUGAUGUAUGAAAACUAUCACAUUUUUAGUACUUUUUGAAGAAAAGAUCUUUGCUUGUCGUUUGUUUUGUUUGUUUGUUUGUUUUAAAAAGGCUGACAUUUACCACCAUACAUACCCUCUCCACAACCAAGCACAUCAGGUCAUUUCUAUGGACCAGUAUUAUAACUUACAGAGCCAAAUACAAAUGUAACACAACACCACUGAACGUGUAAACUAUGUAGAUAUUGUAAUAAUAAGUCGUGCAAAGACCUAAUGAUUAGACGCUCAAUAAAUAAAAGUGACUUUUCCUUA